CCCAACUAUUCACAAGUCCUCAUCUCUGCUGCUUUAUGACUACAGAUUGUCUACCAAAAUGUGGGGCGUACGACUUUCUCCCGGCUCGUUUGUCUACUCUCUCUUUGGAAUUCAAUUCCAAGACGAGCAUCCCAAUGACAGACAAUCAUCUCUCAUCAGUCAAUUCGAUAACUUGAUCAAACACGCCCCUACCUCCGUCGAGAGGCUGAUUCAAGAUGGCGGUGCAUCGCCCAACUCAGGCAAAACCCAAGUCUGGAUAGCCUACUGGAAAUCCCACCCAGACUACCAAGCCUGGUGGACAGAUCCGGAUGUCUCUGCUUUCUGGUCCUCUCUUCCGCCUGAUGCAGGCAUGUGGCGUGAAAUAAUCACUCCCCAUAGCAGCCGAACGCAGCAUGGAACUAAUCAGACUACUCCCAUCGGACUUGGCCAUCUGGGAGAUCGUAUCCCGGUCGGUGAUAAGACUGGAUACUGGGGUUGUUAUCGACAUCGGAUGUCAGCUGAAGCGUCGGAUCGGAUGAAAACGCCGUUACAAGGCGCGCUGAGUCGAGCUUCUGCUGGUGCUUUAUCUUCUGACUGUCGAACCGUACGCCCUGGACGCGUCCACAUGACCAGAUUCCCCGAGAAUAUCUGUUUCGUCGUCGAGGGUCAGGAUCACUCUCAUCUGACCCCCGAGGAAACGGAGUGCUGGUUCAAACAUUUCGAUCAGCUCGUCACGCAGUGGAUCGUCGAUUUGACUGCUGCACCGCCGGAAUCGGGGAUUUUGGACGCUCGUCUGUGCUAUUAUCCGGAGGGUGGUACAUUCCGGGACUCAGCGCCUGCGGCACUGAACUAUAAUAAAAAGACGCAGUUUUUCUAUUUCACAGAUAUGAAUCACAUGCUGCGGUUUGGUCAGCAGAAUAAGGGCCAUGUGCAGUUGAGAAGCGACUUUAUGGAGGCAUAUUGGCCUGGUGGGCCGUUGAGUGCGACGGGACAGAUUGGCCUGUGGGUGGAGACGAGUGUGCUGAAGGAGGGAGAGCUGGAGUGUGAAUACGUCGGGUGUCUCGAGGGGACUGGAUUCAUGCCGUUUGACUCCAUGGAGGGGUUUACUUAGGAUUUACGUUUUCUGUUGAUUUAACUGGUGUCUAUUAUUCGGGCAUACCAAAUUGACGGUAAUUCUAGGAGUGAUGGAUUCAUGAAUUCAGAGAAUUUUGCUUUCAUCGCGCAUAGCUAUCAUUUCUAGGCUGAUUCGUAAUGGAAUAAACCAGUUAUUCCCGCUCAACC